AUGGAAGUCAGUGCUAGGAUACAAAAAGGUAACAAAAGUUUUUUUGGUCUUGGAAAAGUACUGAGCUCAAGAACAUUAUUGACUAACCUGAAGAUACAAAUGUACACGACCCCGAUACGACCCAUAGUACUGUAUGCCGCGGAAACAUGGUCACUUAGGAACGCAGAAGAAACCAGAAUAAAAGUAUUUGAAAGGAGAAUCCUACGGAAAAUCUACGGCCCAUGCUUCGACACAAACAUAGGUGAAUGGCGUAAACGUCAUAAUAAAGAACUCGAGGAGCUAUUCCAGAGCCCGAACAUCGCGAACGAANAGAGAUACCAUGGAAAGUAG